AUGUCGGACACGACUGUGCGAGACCUGACACUGAUUCAGUGCCUGAUCUCAGCAGGUCGGUCAGCCAGCCAGUGCUCCCUGGUUCCGCGGUGCGGGGCCGCGACUGGAGGACCCGCACAGUCCGGAGGGGCAGAGGGCCGGGCUCCGCACCCGGGCCCAGGCCUUCUCCCGCAGCGUGCACCGGUCCCGCGCGCCCGCGCAACCGUGGCUGGCGUUGGGACCGCGCGGCGAAGCGGGGCUCUCCGAGGAGGAGGUGGCGCCCACCGGGCAGGGCUCCUCCAGGAAUUCCGGCGAGCAAGAUCUAAGGCACAGGGAAGACCGGACAAGGUCACGCCCUCCUGGGCCUGCAACUAUCCGGUCAGUGUAGAAAUCCAUGGCCCAGUUCCGACCGCGCAGCGGGCAGGCGCUGCAGCACUCCCCCGGCUGGAGCUCCAGAGAGUUUCCCCAGCUGGCGUCCCAGUGACAAUCCGCUGGGUUUUCCCUCCGCAGAAGAAAGAGCCUUUGAAAGAAAAAGAAAAGCCAUUUGUCCUCUCAUUUCUCUGCUGUAUCUUAGUGGAAAAUGUCAGUAACUUAUCAACGGAUAGAAGAGGAGUUGCGAAUGGUGGGGGCCAUACAAGCAAUGAAUGGCAUGCAUAUUCAGCUCCUGGGAGGACUCUGGAGAUACUUUUUCAUCUCACAAAUGAGUGCAAUAUCAACAGUAUACAUUCCUAUUGCAGUGCUAGUGGGAUACCCAUUUUGGUCAUCUCUUACUUACUUGCUCUCAGGAAUGAUUACAAUAUUGACAGAGAGGAGGCAAACAAAGUUCAUGAUACCCUGCAUGAUUUCAAUCAACAUCUUCAGCCUCUGUAUCUCAGUGAUCGGUCUGAUUUUACUAUUAAUUGAGCUUGCUAUAGCUAUCUUUUUAAUAUCAUCACCUAUUUGGCAACUGGCCGAGCACAUCAGGAGGGGUCUCUGCUCCGUGGUCACUCAGCGGGGACUACAGAUAGACAGAGCCUAACAGAGGUUCACAGUGUCUCCUCAGUUUCAGUAGGAGACAGGAGAGUUUAGAAACUGUUUGUAUGUCUUCUCCAAUCCAGAAAUAUCACAGCACAUAUCUCACACUUCAUUGGCCACGACUAGUGACAGGACCCAGUCCACUUCCAAGAAGACCAAUAAAUAAAGAGAAGAAUUCCAGGAGCAA